AUGCUUAUUACGUUGUCGUUCGCGGUGACCUUGCUUGCAGAAUGCCGCAUGCCUUACGCGCGGGCGACCUACCCCAUUUCGUCUGCAAGAGGAUGCAUUGAGGCUCCGCUUCUCACAGAGGAGGUCUUUUAUCAGACACAGGAGGCUCUUGAAGCCAUGCUCCCCAUGAACGUCUUCGUUGAUAUUUGUAAGAAGCCACCAGCGCCGUACGAACACCUAGCUACAGACACCGAGGCCAGUCUUUCUCUCAUACGCGAGAAAUAUUCCAAGCUCAUCGGAAAAGCAACUGCCUGGGAAUACCACGAGGCAUUGGCCAAGACUUUCCGUGACUUAAAGGAUGCGCAUAGCCUAUAUGUCAAGCCGUCAUUUUUUGGUCAUUUCCGAUUGGCCUUUCCUCUGGCUUUCAAUGUCAGUAAGACUGGGUCGGUGACGUUCACCGAUCUUCCCACAUCUGUACGGUAUAUUUCUGAGUCAUACACUCAGAUGUUUUCGGUGAAUCUUGCCGAUUAUAUAGGCGCAGAAAUACUAACAAUAAAUAAUGAGAAGCCGCUUCUUUACCUGGCCAAGUGGGCUGACAAGUAUGUUUAUUCGACAAAAUCGUCCCAUGGCCGCCUCAACUCUUUGCUGUCAGGUGAUUUUUAUGCUAGGUCUCUCAAGGUCUUCGGGCUGCCGGAGCAGGGUGAUGAAAACCUUGUGUUCACUCUUGUUGACGGCAGGAGCGUUAUUCUUCGCUUCUCAAUCUACUCUGACACCAUCUUUAACUCCGAGGAUGAUGCCGUCCGGGCGUACAUGCGCUGCAUCUCGCUUAGCACCCCCUACACUCUUUCAGGAGACAACAAUGCUUCUGAGCCUACUGCUUUUGAGAAGUUACAGAGUGAGGAGACUGCUGGGUACCUGAUAGGCGUUCGUGAUGCCAUACUUCGUGCUACGCGUGGAAGGGGGCUUAGCCACCCCAGCGACUACAAGGCAUAUGCCCGAUUUAUGGACGAGGAAGUAUCCAGGUCAGGCAUACAAUACUCGAAAUACUCUCACACUUCAUUGGCGCACUUUAGCUAUAACAGUUCGCAGAGAUCCGAGUCAGAGUAUGAAUAUAUCAAGGGUGACGAUAUGUUCUCACUUUACAAGUAUACAUCAAAGAGCACUAUUUCUAACCAGGAUAAUGUGUACAUCCUUGCUGUUUACUCCUUCAGUCCGAUGGAUAUGGCAACCACCAUUAACAACAUCGUCGAUGCUCUGGAUAUUCUCCGCGAACGUCCCAUCUCUCAGCUGAUGGUCGUUCUGAAUGGGAACGGUGGAGGCAUCGUCACCAUGGGCCAUCUUCUUGGUCGUGCGCUGUUCCCUAGCAACUAUCCCAUCUACGGAGCAUACAAUAUCAGGGCCAACCGGAUUAUGGACGCACUUGUCAAGGCAAAGUCCUGGUUCACUCUCAUGCAUCGCACUGACCCGUGGUCUGGGGCUAACAUGACCAUUGGAGACAGCGCCACAGAUACAACUGACUGGUACUUUAAGAACCAGGAGACGUAUCCGGAGAUCGAUGAGCUCGUUUAUAACGGACGCCGCACAGCAAGAUUCAGCCAGCGAUUUGCCUUUGAUGACGAUCUUGAACCGGAUCUUCAGCAGUCAUUGCUGCGCUUCUAUAAGUUUAGAGGUUUAGACCUAUCUCCUGAUAGGGUUGCUAUAGUGACAGACGGAACCUGCGGGUCCACGUGUGCGACAUUUGCCAAACAUCUUCUUGAAGCCAAGAGGUGCCUUGCUAUCGGACUUGGUGGGACCACAGGACUAUCAGAGUACAGUGAUGAUCCAUACGAUGUGGCGUCGUUCUCGGGAGGCACAGUUGAGGAUUCACAAUCUCUGCAGUUCGCAGUUGAGGAACUUAUCAUGAAUCCUCCAGAGGACGGUCUAGACAACAUGGACGUGCUCACAAAGCUCCGCAUACCAACGGACGCGUAUGCCAGAUUUGCGUUCCAUCAGCUCUUCAGCUGGGAUAUCAAGACGCACGACUGGAAGAGCUAUACGCCCCUCGAGUACACACCGGUUCCGGUGCACGCUGUUCUUCCUAUCUACCCCACAGUUGAGAACUGGCAAGGGCUUGAAGGCAUCGACACCUUUGCUGAGGAUGUGUAUGUCCUCAUGCGAUCAAUAGAGGAAGCCAGUCGCACUAGUAACUGCACCAAUGUCCCCACAUCGCUGUACCAUUUUUCAGGCAACGAAACAGCGAGCGCUGGUGCUUGCCCAUAUCUAGAUGACUCCACUCGUGGGGCCUUUAACUGUAACAACAGCUGCGUCUUUUACGACUGCAAGGUGGGCUUUUAUCUCGAUCCACUUGCGUAUGAAAGAACUAAGCUAUGGGAGUGCCAGAUGCGCACAGACGUCCACGCUUGGGACUCAUACAUUCCUCCUCCAGAAGAUCAUAGCAUGCACUUUGCGCACUACUUGCUUCUCCUCAUAUUUCUUUGCACUAUAGCCCUCUUUGUGUUUAUUAUCAUUGCCUCAAAGCGCCCUGACCUCAUUAAGAAGUGCAUCGCCAAGAUGACACCAAAGAAGAAAAAGAUGGCGGGAAACAACAUAGAAACCGAGAUAGGCCUGCUCUCCCAUGAGUCCAGUGAAAUAAAGAGCGACACAGUCUAA